AUGAGAAUCUUAAAGAAGUGUGCUGAGGAUGAGAGAAUGGAGAAGGAGCAGUACCGUCAGUUAGCGAACCAAUGCAAAAAGUCAGGUGCACAAUAUCCAAGAGACGGAGAAGAGACGACGACUUCCUCCCCAUUUGUCACCAAGGUGUCGACCUAUGUGCCUAUCUUAACGCAAUGCACUACAAAAAUGUUAUAUCUCCCUGGCCGUCUUACAUGGUGCAAAUCGUCAAAACACCACGCUCUCGCAUUUGGCCCCAUGUUCACAUUGGACUCCAACAAAAUUUUAUGGAAAAGGAAGUUUGAUUUUAACGGACUGUACAGUCAAACCGUUGCAUUGUUCUACAAUUAUGAGGAUUUUAUUUAUUACGGAGGCCAGUUCAAGUGUCACAACAAUCGGCAGAAAAACCCAGACAGUGAUCGCAUUCAAGAUAUUAUUAUGAGGGAAAUGGUUGUUCAGCUUUACAUUCAGGGUAUCCUCAAGGUUGAGAACUUGGGCCUGCAAAAAACCCGCCAGUCGAAGUCAGACGGAGAACUUGCCGUUGAGAUGGUCGCCCUCCUCGGGAAGGAACUCAAAGUCGCUCAGAAGAGGAUCCAAGAGUUGGAGGAAAAUCAGGCCAAUGUAAUUGAACUUACUAACCGAGCCAAAGGGGCAGAGACUGCAAUGAAGAUUUUGAAGAAGUGUGCUGAGGAUGAGAGAGCGGAGAAAGAGUGGUACCAUCAGUUAGCGAACCAAUGCAAGAAGGACAACAGUCAGGUGCACAAUAUCCAAGAGACAGAGAGAUUGAGUAGAGAAAAGGAUGAAAAAAUUGCAGCAUUGGAGAAAUCCGUCGAAAAGUAUCGUGAAAAGUACCAAAAGGCACGCGAAGCAAAACAGCGAUUUCAGGAAGUAAGGACUACCAUCCUGUGUGGAAUUCAAAAUCUAAGAGAAUGUUUUAGAGAUGCGAUGAACAAGAAGAGAAAAUCAAUUCGCUUACGGAUCGAAAAGACGCUCCUUCCCAAUGUCAGGCAUCUGAUGGAAUUGUGUCCAGGUCUGGGACAACGGUCUGCCAACUUGUCGAUGGUUUGGGCGCUUUUUUACUCAUCUCUCAGUGUGUGCGUAGCGUGA